GCCAACUAUCCCUCAUUUCAUUUCCUGGUUGUCUCAGAUUCUGCUCGUGUCUUAUUACCACAUUUUUGUCAUCAUAUUCUAUUAAAACUUUAUAUUAUAACCAAAAACAGGAAUCUUUGGUACAUUAGAGACAGCACAGAUAGAUUUCUUCUGCGUUGUCCAUUUGACUACAAAUCUUGUCUCAAACACACUUUCUUUAUAGUAAAGUAAUUAAAAUAUAUUCCACCAUAACAUGCAGACACUUAUUCAAAGGCUCUUCAAGACUACAAAUGAGACUACUACUUCUACAAGCAACAAACAAACUGUCAAUAAUAAAAAGGCGAAAUCGAAAGAGAUUGUGUUGUUUGGGAUCUGUCGUGGGAAAAGCAAGAACUUUGAGUUAUUCAAUAGUAUAUUGUGCAGGAAGGAUAUUGGAAAAGAGUAUUUUUACAGCACAAUUCAGUUAAGGGGAGUAGGAAGUUAUCAUAGGAGCCAACAAUUUGAAUAUUGUAUGAAGAUGAAAAAAGAGAACCUUAAAGUCACUCACAAAGCAGAUUCAACAGUAACUGGAAAUCAUGUAGGAAAUAUUACACAAAUUUUGCCAAUUACACAUGAUUCGACAAAUGUUAAUAAAGAUGGUGGAGAAAAGAAAGAAAAAACUAAGGGAGAUAAAGCUAAGAUGAGCAUCUCUAAGAUGAAAGAGUUACUAAGAUGGGCUGCUGCUGCAAAAACUGAUAAGGGAACAAGAUACAUAACCAGAAAGGUAUUCAACUUCAGGAACAGGGCAACAUUGAAAGCAGUUGCAGAUGAUGAUCAACUAAGUAGUGAUUCCCCCAAAAUAAGCUUUAGAUGGGAUGCUGAAAGUUGCUCCACAGCUUACUCAGCUAUGUCAAUGCCUAAUUCAUCAACAACAAAGAAUCAUGAACAAUCCAUUCAAAUCAACUUUGCUUCUGUAAACUCAACUCCAAUUCACAUAGAUCACUGCCCUAAAUUGAACUGGAUUACCACUGAUUCUGAAUUUGUGGUGCUAGAGCUAUGAAGACUAUAAAUCUGGCAUGUGCAGUAAUUGAUGAGUAGCUAGAAAUUUGAUUUUAUCAGAUAUAAUGAUAAGAAUUUUAGAAGGCAGAUUAAUGUAACAUUAAUUCCAAUUAUGUGAAGUUUCUCUAUUCAUCUUCUAACCAAUGUUCUUACUCUUUAAU